AGAGAGAGAGAGAGAGAGAGAGAGAGAGAGUAUUGGUGAUGGCGAUUCGGUCGAUGACGAGCUGCUUUUGAGCGGGCUAAAGCGUGACUGGCAUUGGCCUUGUUCUGUUCAGAGACUCGGAGCGUGCUUUGUUGAAGCUUGAUCUGGUUCGUUUUCGAAGAAAUCGAAGGGAAAGUAGCAGAGGAAGGAGGAGAAGAAAUACAGAUGGAGUGGCCUGCGUAUUUAGAUGAAUAUGAAAAACUUCUUUUGAGGAUGACCACUCCCAGAGUAAUGAUCGACAAUGCCGGUUGUGCCGACACAACUCGCGUCAUGAUUGAUAGUGCGAGGAAGCAUGGGUUUCUUCUAGAGGCGGUUCAAGUGCUCACAGAUCUGAACCUUUCGAUCAAAAAGGCCUACAUAUCUUCUGAUGGAAGAUGGUUCAUGGAUGUUUUUCACGUGACUGAUCUAAAUGGAAACAAAUUAACCGAUAAGAGCGUCAUUAAUUACAUAGAGCAGUCGCUUGGUACAAUUCAUUUCACAAGAUCCAAAAGCUCCGAUGGCUUGACUUUGCUGGAACUAACCGGAACAGACCGGCUUGGCCUCCUCUCCGAGGUGUUUGCAGUGCUUGCCGAUCUGCAAUGCGACGUGGUGGAAGCUAAGAUGUGGACACACAAUGGCCGAUUUGCUUCCCUCAUCUACGUUAGAGACUGUGAUUCCGGUUGCCCCAUUGAAGAUACCCAGAAGAUCGAUAAAAUUGAAGGGCGGUUGAGAAAUGUUCUCAAAGGGGUUAAUGACAUCCGGAGCGCCAAGACAUCCGUAUCAAUGGUGGUCAUGCAUUCUGAGAGGAGGCUUCACCAGAUGAUGUUUGCAGAUCGUGACUACGAGCGCAAGCCAAUUUUGAGGACUAGUGGGGAUUUCCCUGCAGUCACCGUUGAUCAGAAUUGCUUGGAGAAGGGCUACUCUGUUGUGAACAUUCAGUGCAAGGACAGAGUGAAGCUUCUGUUUGAUGUUGUAUGCACACUGACUGAUAUGGAAUAUGUUGUCUUCCAUGCCACUAUCAACACGGCAGGGGACAGAGCAUAUAUGGAGUUCUUCGUUCGGCACACAGAUGGUACUCCGGUCAGCUCGGAAGCUGAAAAGCAAAGGGUGAUUUUGUGCCUGCAAACUGCCAUUCAAAGGAGGGCAUCUGAGGGAGUGAGGUUGGAGUUAUGUCCAGGAAAUAGGAGCGGGCUCUUGGCGGAUGUAACACGAACUUUCCGGGAAAAUGGGCUGAAUGUGACAAGGGCAGAGAUUUCCACCCGAGGGGAAAAGGCGCUAAAUGUUUUCUAUGUAACGGAUGCAAGAGGAAACCGUGCAGAUCCGAAAAUCAUCGAAUCAGUUCGAGAGAGAAUUGGAAUGAGUAACUUGAAAGUGAAGGAAUUGCCAUUGAUAUGUCAUCAAAAGGCGGAAAGAGACGAACCCACAGCCGGGAUGGGUGGGGCCAUGCUAUCACUUGGGAGCCUAGUGAGGAAGAAUCUAUACAAUUUGGGACUGAUCAAAUCAUAUUCCUGAACCAAAACCCCUCCACAGGGCAAAUUGGGGGGCCAUUUUUCCGGCCUUUCGAGCAUAUACUUUGCUUGUUAGAAUUGAGCAUAUGUAAAUAAUUAAUUAGAGUUGGGAUUUGGUGAGGGUAGUUGCUAUAGUUGGAUUGGGUUUGUUUGAAUUUGAAUUAGGAGAAGAGAGAGAGAGGGAGGGAGGGAGGGGAGGGAGAGGGAGAAGCGUAAAAGAUGUUGGUGGGUUGUGGUUAGGGUGGUUGGUUGUUGCUGGCUGACAGAAUGAAGAGUUAGAUAGAGUGGAAAGGAUUAAAAAAAUUGGUUGUUACACAUACGUUUGUACAUAACGACAUUUGUCUUUAUUUUUCUCUAAAGGUGUUAUAAUUAGUUAUCUUUGACUUGAAUUUUUUU